GUUUCUCUAAACGUCGGCUUCAUGUUUGGUCGUUUGAACAAUGGCUGGUCACACAUGGUCGUCUAUGGUUUCGCCUAUCCGAUGCUUCUUCUCACACUGAUUGCUCCCCUGUGUGCGGUGAUGUUAGGCAUGGGGAAGCGAGAGAAACGUGAAGGUGACCGCCGAUAUCCAAAUCCACUUUAUCAGAUGAUUUGGUUGUUAUCUUUCUGCGGAUGGGUGAGUGUGCUGGCACCGUUGCCGUUCACUGUGUGGUACUAUAUCAUUGGUGAAGGAACUAGAUCUCUUAAUCAAUCCGUCGUUAUGUGCCAUGUAUUCCGUACGACCAUGGAAGCGAUACCACAUACUAUCGAUACCAUGAUGACACUUUUCAGUGUGUUGCUGGCAGCAGCAAGGUUCCUAACCCAAUAUCAUCGGAAUACGUUGAAGCUUCGAACAGUGGAGCGGUUUUCGCGAGCGAUUUGGCUGAUUAUUUUUGUAUGUGUUGCGACGGGAUUGUUGAGGUUCUUCGAGCAUGACACAACCGUAUACCAGUUUUGUAUGGACACUGAGCCAACACCGCAGUGGGCAGCUCGCUGUAUGGUACGAGACGGAGCUUUGAUGAGCAUACUAACAAGAUCAUUCUGGAAGGUUUUUCUACCCUUAUCGGACUUCGUUGUUCAGUUCCUUAUACCUGGCUGUCUGCUGGCACUUCUUCAUGUCGGAUUCAUACGAGAACCUGAAAUUGAUAUGGGAGAUAUGACCAGACAUAACCGAUUUGGUCGUACACCACGCGAUCAAACUCGAAUAUUGAUAACGACGGUUACGAUUGCUUUUCUCGUCGUACAAGUGCCGACUGCCUUCAUCACGACUCUCAGUCUCACCAUUAAUCACUUCCAAAACAAUAAUGCUCUGAUGAUACUUGCCUUGGUGACUGGUCACCUACAACCUAUGCUUUCAAUAAUAACAAUUGCAGCAAAUUCAGCUGCACUUCUGACGGCGUACUAUGUAAUUGUUAAGGAUGACGACAUCGACGUUGGAGAUUCACGUACUUCGUUAUCGGAAACGGAGGGACCGCAUGAAAUGUUGCUACGACAGCAACGAGAGCGUCGUAGCACAAGGCAAGUGUGGAACAGCAUUCGAAGGAUUUCAAGGACCUAUCUCAGUGUCAGUCAUUCAUUCGACACUGGUUCGUUGCGUUCGUUUUCACGAAAAGGAUCUGCAGUACCAGAUGACGUAUUAUGA